AGAGAAACAUUACCGAUUCUAAGCAAUCAGCCUUUAGUCGCUUGAACAAAAACAAUUGUUGACCAUUCUUGACUCUCUCCACUAGCCAUUUGUACUGAACCCCAUAUUAGUGCUGCGCCUCCUCUGCUCACCUGCAGCACUGAAGCCACUCCCAUCUCCCACCUCGAAAUCCGUUCCCUCCCGCCGAACACUCGUGACUUAAAUGCCUUCGAUCUCUCGCAACUCUCCUUUUCUCCGCGUCGCGGCACUUUGCCUCCGUUUCACCCUUUGAGAAUAGCCGUUGAUGGCAGCAAAGCCGCCGGAGACGUUGGCUCCUGUGCCGCCGGCAUUGCCACAACCGAGAUCUCCGCCCAAGUACCCGGAUAUCUGCGGGCGGCAUCGGCUCCAGGUCGAGGCGCAGAUCCUAAACCGAGAGAUUUUGUUCCUCGAGGAGGAGCUGCAAUCACUUGAAGAAGCUCAGCCUGUUUCUAGAUGCUGCAACGAGGUUGACGAAUUUGUGCAAAAAAAGGCAGAUCCAUUAAUACCGCAAAAGAAGAAGAAGCGUAAAUCUUGCUCCUUUAUUAAGUCGCUCAGAUCAAACCUUUGCUGCAAUUUCUCAUGGCUCUGCUGCUCAUGCCCUUGCUCUUUCCGGCUCAGAAAACCAAGACAAUGUGUUUUUGAUAAUUUAAAUAACUGCAGUUCCUGUACUGGAAAUCAUGGUUGCUCCUGCUGCAAUUCCUGUAAGAAAUGUUGUACUUUGCCUCACUGCCAUUUUCCAAGUUUCACUUGUCCCAGAUGUUCUUGUGGCUGUGUCUGGUACUGUUGCCCGAGCUGCAAAGAGAAGCGGUCCUGCUGCUGCGAUAAAGCCUGCUGCAGCAGCCAAUGUCUUUGCUGAUCAUCGGUUUGUUUAGUAUUUCUUCUGCUUUCUCUUAGAAUCAUUCUUUUGAUAUGUCCUGUUCUUUUACAGUUACUGUUGUUUUAGUAAAUAUUUUUCUUGUAUAAUCUCUCUUCCAAUGCCAGAGAGAACAUUGUUAAGAUUUGUUGUCUUUUAAAUAUGCAUCUUAAAUCUUUUUU